UGUAAUCUGUCAGUAAUGUGGGUUCUGUGUAGUGUGAGGUCUUGAAAAUCUCCGACCUUCCUGCUGCUGCCGGUUUAACUAUCUUUAACAAUGUGGUUUUUUGAUUUUUUGCUGGGUUUUGACCUCAAGGGGCUAUUCUUGUUUAUGUUUAUCUUUAUCCUAAUAGCAGACUUCCUCAAAAACAGGAAUCCUCCAAAUUAUCCUCCAGGACCAAUGGCUCUUCCAUUUGUAGGGAAUUUCUUCAGUGUGGACAGUAAACAGCCAAACAUUUAUUUUACCAAGCUGGCUGAUGUCUAUGGCAAUGUGUUCAGCGUUCGCCUCGGCAGUGAAAAGAUGGUGUUUGUGUCUGGGUACAAGAUGGUGAAGGAAGCCUUAGUGACACAAGCCGACAACUUUGUGGAUCGACCACACAGUGCAACGGCUGACAGGGUGUACUCAGGAGACUCAGGUGGUCUGUUCAUGAGCAAUGGUGAAACAUGGAAAAGACAGAGACGCUUUGCCUUGUCUACAUUACGUACCUUCGGCCUGGGCAAAGGUACCAUGGAGCAGAGUAUCUGUGAGGAGACCCGACACUUGCAGGAGGAGAUAGAGAAGGAGAGAGGUGAACCUUUCAACCCCGCAGGCCUCUUCAACAAUGCUGUGUCCAACAUCAUUUGUCAGCUUGUGAUGGGGAAACGGUUUGACUACAGUGACCACAACUUCCAGACCAUGCUGAAGUAUAUGUCUGAAGUUUUUAGGCUGCAAGGCUCUGUAUGGACUAUGCUCUAUGAGGCAUUUCCUGGAGUGAUGAAGCACAUGCCAGGUCCUCAUAACACACUGUUCAGCAGCUACAAUGCCAUCCUCGACUUCAUCAGCCAGGAGAUAAAGAGCCACAAGAAGGACCUGGACCACAGCAAUCCCCGGGACUACAUUGAUGCUUUCCUCAUUGAAAUGGAAAAUCACAAAGAGAUGGACCUGGGCUUUACUGAGGCCAAUCUAGCUGUGUGCUCUCUGGAUCUGUUCAUGGCUGGAACUGAGACAACUUCCACCACUUUGCUGUGGGCUUUGAUUUACCUCAUCAAAAACCCUGAGAUCCAGGACAAAGUCCAGGCAGAGAUAGACAGAGUGAUCGGACAGACCCGACAGCCCAGUAUGGCAGACAGACCCAACCUGCCCUACGCUGACGCUGUCAUCCAUGAGAUCCAGAGGAUGGGAGACAUUGUUCCUCUUAAUGCACCCAAAAUGGCCGCCGUGGAUACGACACUGGAUGGUUACGUCAUACCCAAGGGUACGACCUUGAUGUCCAACCUGAGCACUGUGCUGUUCGACAAGACUGAAUGGGAGACUCCAGACACCUUCAACCCCGGACACUUCCUGGAUGCUGAGGGAAAGUUUGUAAAGAGAGAAGCCUUUCUGGUUUUCUCUGCAGGGAGACGUUCGUGUCUCGGAGAAGGCCUCGCCAAGAUGGAGCUGUUCCUGUUUCUGGUUGCUUUACUACAGAAGUUCACUUUUUCCGUUCCUGAUGGAGUAGAGCUGAGCACAGAGGGAGUUACUGGAAUAACACGUGUACCGCACCCCUUCAAGGUUUACGCCAAGGCUCACUCUCCGACCUUCCUCCUGCAGCUGGUUUUGCUCUCCAUAAGAAUGUGGCUUUAUAAUUUUUUGCUCGGUUUUGACCUCAAGGGGCUGUUCCUGUUCAUUUUUAUUUUUAUCCUCAUAGCAGACUUCCUCAAAAACAGGAAACCUUCAAAUUAUCCUCCAGGACCGUUGGCUCUUCCCCUUGUGGGGAAUUUCUUUAGUGUGGACACUAAACAUCCACACAAAUAUUUUACCAAGCUGGCUGACGUCUAUGGGAACGUGUUCAGUGUUCGCCUCGGAGGUGAGAGGAUGGUGUUUGUAUCUGGGUACAAAAUGAUGAAGGAAGCUUUAGUGACACAAGCCAAUAACUUUGUGGAUCGACCAAACAGUCCAUUGCAACACAGGUUUUACUCCAGAGAACCAGGAAAUCCAGGUGGUCUGUUUGUGAGCAACGGUGAAAAAUGGAAAAGACAGCGACGCUUUGCCUUGUCUACCUUGCGUAGCUUUGGCCUGGGCAAAAACGCCAUCGAGCAGAAAAUCUGUGAGGAGACCCGACACCUGCAGGAGGAGAUAGAGAAGGAGAAAGGUGAACCUUUCAGCCCAGACGGCCUCUUCAACAAUGCUGUGUCCAACAUCAUUUGUCAGCUGGUGAUGGCGAAACGGUUUGACUACAGCGACCACAAUUUCCAGACCAUGCGGAGGUAUCUUGCUGAGAUUCUUCAGGUGGAGGGCUCUAUAUGGGGUGUGAUGUAUGACUCAUUCCCCCGAAUAAUGAAGCACAUGCCAGGUCCUCACAACAAAAUGUUCAGUCAAUUCAACAGCAUUUUCGACUUCAUCAGUGAGGAGGUAAAGAGCCACAAGAAGGACCUGGACCACAGCAAUCCCCGGGACUACAUUGACGCUUUCAUCAUUGAAAUGGAGAAUCACAAAGAGACGGACCCGGGCUUCACUGAGACCAAUCUGGCUCUGUGCUCUCUGGAUCUGUUCCUGGCUGGAACAGAAACAACCGCCACCACUUUGCAGUGGGCUUUGAUUUACCUCAUCAAAAACCCUGAUAUCCAGCACAAAGUCCAGGCGGAGAUAGACAGAGUGAUCGGACAGACCCGACAGCCCAGUAUGGCAGACAGACCCAACCUGCCCUACACUGACGCUGUCAUCCAUGAGGUCCAGAGGAUGGGAAACAUCGUUCCUCUCAAUGCACUCAGAAUGGCCGCCAAUGAUACGACACUGGGUGGUUACUUCAUACCCAAGGGUACAACCUUGAUGCCCAUCCUGACCUCUGUGCUGUUCGACAAAACUGAAUGGGAGACUCCAGACACCUUCAACCCCGGACACUUCCUGGAUGCUGAGGGAAAGUUUGUGAAGAAAGAAGCUCUCCUGCCUUUCUCUGCAGGGAAGCGCGUGUGUCUCGGAGAAGGCCUCGCUAGGAUGGAGCUGUUUCUGUUUUUGGUUGGUUUACUCCAGAAGUUCACUUUCUCCGUUCCUGAUGGAGUAGAGCUGAGCACAGAGGGAGUUACUGGAACGACACAUGUACCGCUCCCCUUCAAGGUUUACGCCAAGGCUCGCUGAAUUUUUUAACAUCUCCCCGAACCAUUUUUUAUCUAUACAAUGUGCAAGAAAUCAGACAAGGAAAAGUGUCUUAGAGAAGAAAGCUGUAGUUACUUUUCGAUCCAAACCUUUCGUUGUCGUAUGACUGCCCCAUGUACUGAGGGCCUGUUUACUCUCUCUGUAAAUCUACGUGAUAAAGUUACUAAAGUUAAAAUGUUCUGUAUAAAUGCAACUGUUUAAAGACCUUUCCCUUUGUCUUGUUAUCAAUGAAAAAUGUAUUAAGAUUUCAAAAACAUACUGUCUUUAUAAUCAAGCUGCAUUGGGCAAGUUUUCUUUGUACUAAUCAUCAGUUAAGUCAUUAAUAAACCAUGUGUGCAUAAUAAACUAAAGUCAUUAACAAACCUAGUCAACACAAUUGUCAACAAUGAAUAAAUUAAGUGUUUAUUUGUGUCACAAA